GUAAUGAGAAGGGGCGGGCAGACAACACCAGGACACCGUCCCCUCCUCACAGUCGCCGCUCAAACUCAACUCUCUCCUCUCGAUCACGAUGGUCGCCACCCUCCGCAACUCGGUGCUGCUCGCGGCGUGCUGCUGCCUGGCGCUCAGCACCCUGGCCGUGGCCGACGUGGUCCUCCCCCAGAACCAGCUGGGCGGCAGCAACGACAUCGUUAUCGGCACCUGCGGCAGCAGCGACCGGAUUCUGCUGCAACAGACGGUGCGCCUGGAGUCCAAGUGGAUGAAGGUCGUCAAGGAGAUCGUCAAGUACCCGGGUAGCGGCCAGGGCGGACUCAUCAGCUGCCUCCUGCUGCAGCCCCUCAAGACGGCCAACAUCGGGCAGGCCUCCGUCCAGGCCGGCGGCCCCGGCCAGCGCUCCGCCGAGGUCAAGGUCAAGUCCGACCGCAACCACAGCGUCGCAUGGAACGUCGUCAUCUACGGCCGUUAUUGAACAUUGAACUCGACUCUCACCUCGUCUUUGCUCUUAAUUUAAUAAAACAAAAAUAAUCUUUAAACAAA